GCUAGCCGAAUCGCGAAUGGACUCAGCCGAAAGAUUCCUGCCUGCGACCUCACCCGAGCUGCCUCUAGCAACACAUCCCCAUUGCCAGCUCAGCCCAUCAUGAACUCCUUCCGCUUCGCGCGCGCGGCUCUCCGAGCCCGCCCUGCUGCCUUCCGCGCUCCCCUCCAGCGCAGAACCUACGCAGAUGCCGUCCCGGACAAGAUCAAGCUGAGCUUGUCCCUUCCUCACCAGGUACGAAUUCGAUAAUACCCGAGAUCAUUGAACGAGAGACGAGACGACGAUACGAGGGGGAUGCAAGGCGGAAGUCAAUUGAAGGAUCGGAGCUAAUUGCCGCAACACGCAGUCCAUCUACCAGUCCCAGGAUGUCGUCCAGGUCAACAUCCCCGCCGACUCCGGCGAGAUGGGUGUCCUCGCCAACCACGUUCCCGCCAUUGAGCAGCUGAAGCCCGGCCUGGUCGAGGUUGUCGAGGAGAGCGGCCCCAGCAAGCAGUUCUUCCUGUCCGGCGGCUUUGCCGUUGUCCAGCCCAACUCCGUUCUCAGCAUCAACGCCACCGAGGGAUACCCCAUUGAGGACUUCAGCGCCGAGGCUGUCAAGUCCCAGCUCGCCGAGGCCCAGAAGGUCGCCAGCGGCAGCGGAAGCGAAAUGGAGAUCGCCGAGGCGAAGAUUGAGGUUGAGGUUCUUGAGAGCCUCCAGGCUGCCCUGAAAUAGAGUGUAAAAGAAGGUCGUGGCAGACACAUGACGUUGUACAUCAAGACUCGGAUUCCCUUAACUCUAUCUAACAUCGCAUAAUUGAAU